CAGAAAUGUUUCAUGCUGACUAAAACUAAAACCAAAUCUGCGCACAUUUAGCGCAGAACAACUCUCUUGAAGAAAUUGUCAACGUUACUUCCGGUUAGCAACCAAUCGCCUUCAUGGUUUCCAUGGGGCUGUUGACAACAACCGCUAUAUUUCUGUCCUCCGUGUGUUGAGCAGUUAAUUAGCUAAAUAUUAGCAACGCGACAUAACGAACAUAAAAACAACAGAGUAACGUGUCUUCAUGUUAUGUAAGCGAUUGUUUGACAGCGUCAUCCUCGACUCAAGCUGUUUUCCCCGGGCUGACAGGCUAAAUUAGUCGACGGCCCAAGAUAUUUUACAGUUAGUUAGCCUACCCGGCUAAUCAAGUACAAGGAACCGUUACUGCACGAGAGUUGUAACACUUCCAAGAUGAGUGAACAGCUGAAAUUCAUCGUAGAACAACUGAACAAAGACCCGUUCAAGAAAAACUUUAACCUCAUAACAUUUGACUCCCUCGAACCAAUGCAGCUGCUGCAGAUUUUAAACGAUGUUCUGGCUGAAAUUGACCCGAAGCAAACUAUAGACAUUCGCGAAGAAAUGCCUGAACAAACUGUAAAAAGAAUCUGUGCGCUGCUGGGAAUGCUGAAAUAUAAACCUCCUGGCAACCUCUCUGACGUGAGUGCCUUUAGACAGGGUCUUGUCACUGGCAGCAAACCUGUGGUCCACCCGAUCCUCAACUGGCUGCUGCUGAGGGUCCCUGAGUUGAAGAAAAGGGCUUACCUGGCUCGCUUUUUAGUUAAGCUGGACGUGCCUGCAGAGUUUCUGCAAGAUGACGUCAUCAGUGACACCUAUCACCAGUAUGAAGAGCUGGUUGAAGGCUUCAAGACGUAUCAUAAAGAAUGUGAGCAGCUGAGGACAUCAGGCUUCUCCACAGCUGAAAUCAGAAGGGACAUUAGUGCUAUGGAGGAGGAGAAAGACCAACUAAUCAAACGUGUGGAGAGGCUGAAAAAAAGGGUGGAGUCGGUGUCCAAUCAUCAACGAAUGCUGGAACAGGCGAGACAGCUGCGAGUGGAGAAGGAGAGAGAGGAGUCGCUGACUCACCAGAAGCAGGAACAGAAGAACCAACUAUUCCAGGCAGAGCAGAGACUGCAGAGGUCGCAGCAGCAGUUGAAGGAUUUGCGACAAGCUGCUGCAGAUGCCAGUCCAGAGAGCUUAAUUAAGAGACUGGAGAUGGAAAUCAAGAUCAACUCCUACAUGGUCUCUGAGAAACUCCCCAAAGAGCUGGAGGGCAUGAGGCGGACAGUGCAGUACCUUCAGAACGUGGCUUCAGAGCCUGCUAUGGGCCAGGCUGAUCUACAUGAGCUGGAGAACAAGAUUAAAGAAGUUGAUGCUCAGAUAAACCAGCUAAUUGAGAAGAGGAUGAUGAGAAAUGACCCCAUGGAUGACAAACUGACUCUUUACAGGCAGCAGGCCUCCAUCAUUGUCCGGAGAAAGGAGUCAAAAGCAGAGGAGCUUCAAGAAGCAAGGGAGGAGCUUGCUACAGCAGAGAGGGAUCUGAGGCAGAGGUCCAGCCAGGCACAAGCUUCCAAUGGAGAUGAAGUCAUCCGGGGUGAUGAGCUAAAACGUCUGGUGGCAAAAUUGCGAAGCAAGGGGACAGUGUAUAAAAAGAAGCGCCAGGAAAUUGCUGAGCUGAAAGCAGAAUUUGGUGUCCUGCAAAGAACAGAGGACAUUCUGCUGCAGAGACAUGAGAUCGUCCAACAGAAACUGCAAACUCUUGAAGCUGAGAAGGGCAUCUCUGGCUACAGUAACACGCAGGAGGAGCUGGAGAGGGUGUCUGCCAUCAAGAGCGAGCUUGAUGAGAAGAAGGGACGCACACUGGACGACAUGUCUGAAAUGGUGAAGAAAUUAAACUCUAUGAUAGUGGAGAAGAAGACAGCUCUAGCUCCAAUUAUAAAAGAACUGCGCUCACUGAGGCAGAGAUGUCAGGAACUCAGCCAGGAGUAUGACGAAAAGAAGGCACAAUAUGAAAGUUGUGCUGCGGGUCUGGAGAGCAACAGAUCUAAAUUGGAACAGGAGGUGAAGACUUUAAGAGAGGAGACAGCACAGGAGGAAAACCGCUAUCAUUAUAUCAAUUCCAUGUCACAGAUCAUUGAGAUGCAAAUACAGCGGGCAGCUGAAGAGAUGAAGGCUUACGUGUCCUCUGAUCCACAAGAGAGGAAGAAGGCCAUCAGAGAAGUGUACAUGAAAUACAUUUCAGAACAAGAGUUACUUGGCAAGAAAUUACGUGAGAGGCAGAAGAUGGUUCGUGAGAAUCACAGUGCCAACAUGGAGCAGAUGAAGAUGUGGCGGGACCUGGAGCAGCUGAUGGAGUGCAAGAGGCAGUGCUUCAUCCGAGCACAGAACCAGGCAUCCAUUGGUCAGGUUAUCCAGGAGGGAGGAGAAGAUAGGCUGGUUCUGUGAGGACUUGUUUCAGACGGCCUGUAUUACAUCCUGACAGUAGAGUUACAGUAUAUGUAAACUCUUAAAGGAGAAUAUAUAAGUUUGUAUCAUUCUUAUUUGGUAAUCUGACAUUUUGUCUUAACGGUGCUGUGCUGAGCCACAGGAAGAGUUGUGGGACAAGGCUUUCCUUUCUUUGGCCCUGUAGACGUCUGUUUUACACAUCUUUAAGAAUAUGCUUCUAACCAAAGUGUCCAAAGAUAACUGCAUACAAAGUGGUGCACUUGGGAUGUGGCCUCGGUCAACUAUUUUUGGCAGCACUAACUAUGACCUUGGACAUGGAUGUCUUGCCAAUUUUGGCGUUCACCGAUACCUCUGUUGCUUUGGACAGUGCAGAUGACAUGCAAACAAGCAUAAUAAUAAUACUAUAUUGUAGCAUAGCAUUUUCUAUGAUAAAAGCUUAAUUCAACAUAAAGGUUUUACUUUUGAGACGGAUAUAGGUUAUGUGUGUAUUCUAUUAAAUGUGUUAUCUAUUAACUUUGUCUCUUGUUUUAUUAUAGUCCUCCUCAUCAAGCAUGUAUUGUGAUGUGAUGUUGUUUUUAAAUGUGAUAUAUUCACCUUU